UCCAAAAUCGAUAGAAAUUGAGGCUUUGCACUGCGACCUAUAGUCUAUUGUGCCCUUCCCUAUACUACAUAUCGUCAAAAAGGUCCAGCAUCCUGAACAACUCAAGUAACCUGCUGGGCGCGACUAAGAAGAUGUGAUCCCUGUCCACAUAAAUGGACCUUAGGGCCUUGAGCCUGCUUCUGCAAAUUGCUGGGCAAUCCAGAAUUAGGUCUUCUGGAGUUUUCUGGCUCAUGUCGCAGAACAGGCUAUUCGUCUUUUGUGUUAUCAAUAAACUCCUAAAAGGGGAUGACCAAAUUCAUAUAGAUCAAUGAGGCAUUUUGAAUUUAUCACAAUCCAAUCAACUUCGCUAGGUUCGGCAAAGGUGUGUCUACCGAGAAAUUCUAAUCUCAGUCUGGCAAAAGCCGGGCAAUAGAGAAUAAAAUCAAACGAUGAUUGGCAAGACUGGUUUUACUGUGAGUCAGACGUUCGGAGGACCUUUUACGGUUCACUCUGAUCUAGAAGGAUCUCGCAGUCGCGCCAGAACUUGGUGUGUUCACUUAAGGUCCCAAGGUCAAACGCCAGAUCACAUCGGAAACCCGACUGGCUUCUAAUCGGAUGAAAUUGGGAAAAUUGUGGUCUCUCUAGCAAAGUCGUCGGCCUUCCAAUUUCCUUCGAUUCCGCUGUGAACGGUUAUCCAUUGAAAUCUAAUAUGGAAGAAGCUUGCCAAGUUUUGAGUUUACAGUGCGCGAGUUCAAAGCUAUUGUAGCCGUUCGGCUAUCAGAGUAAAUGUACGUUUUUCUGAGGUUACUCUACCGCAUCCGCUUCAAAUACAAUACUGUGACUUGACCAAAGAUGCCACCACCUUCCCUUCCUCUUAACUUCAAUCCAUCCGUGAAAACUUCACUGCACCUCUUCUUUCGAGUGCCCUCCACCAAAACACGACUUUAUAAAAUAUUACCAAACUUAACCACGGUUUUAUAGAGCCAGAACACCGCUUUUGGUGAGAGGCCCCACCUCUUUCCAAUUGGUCUUCUACAAAAGUGUACAUUAAGGAGAGUGAGCUUGAUGUUUGGCUUCCAUGAGAACUUUCUAUCAAGGAUAAGCCUCAAGUACUUCACCUAACGAUUGAAGAAUAGAACCUUCCAACGAUGAAAGAGUAACCUCAGGGAUUCUGUAUAUUCCACUUAAAAACCAGCUCAAUUUCAUCAAAGCAACCUUAAUUAAUUAUUUCAAAUAUUUCUGAUGCUUACAGAUACCAUAUGAAAUAACAACUGCUUGAGACCAUAGUUUACUAUGCUACCAAAUACGAUUAGUCAGGACCGCGGCAAGGACUGGACCAGUCUGCAUGAGGCUGCCGCCAAUGGCAACGAGGAAAUGCUGCAGACGCUACUCGCUGGCAAUGCAGAACCCACCGCCAAGGAGACCAAAUUAGGCAAUACACCGCUGCAUGAAGCGGCAUCGCGUGGCUACAGCCGCUCGGUAAAGUUGCUCUGCGCACCCAAACCUAACACGAAACCGCCACCGAAGAGUAAGCAGAAGCAAGAGGCAACGAAACAAAGUCGUGGCACAUUACAAAAUGCAACGCUGGGCUUACAAAACUUUGCCGGUUUUACCGCCUUACAUUUGGCGGCACAAAACGGACAUAAUCAAAGCUGCAGAGAGCUGCUAAUGGCUGGCGCCAAUCCAGAUAUUGAGAAUUAUUAUGGCGACUCGGCGCUGCACACGGCCUGUCGGUACGGACACGCCGGCGCCGCACGCAUUUUACUCUCCGCCUUCUGCGACGUCAACAAGAAGAAUCUCAAUGGCGACACACCCUUGCAUAUAACCAGCGCCAUGGGCAGGCACAAAUUGUCGCGCAUACUUCUGGAAGCCGAGUGUGAAAUCAAUAUACGCAAUUCACAAGGCGAGACGCCGCGCGAUAUAGCAAUACGUAAGGGGUUCGGCAAAAUAUUGGACAUUUUAGACAAUCCACAUCGCAUACGCAAUAAGAAAGGCAAACCGGCAACGGGUGAAGAGGAUAAGACGAAAGCAGCGCCCUGCACGUCUAAAACACAUGCGAAUGAGGUCAGUUGGUCGCCAUACGGUUGUCAUUACUUUCCCGAUAUGCGCGCAUUUCCAUCGCCAAAACUGGAGACACUACCCAAAGAGCCGCUGAAGCGCGGCGAACAAUACUAUUUGGACCUCGCCGGACAUAUACGCAAGGGACCGAUCGGUAUCGGUAAUAUCUGUUACUGCGGUCCGUUCUUCAAGCACAUCGAGGAUAAGAUCAAUUCGAAUAAGCGACAUUUACGCAAAUACGUACACACUGCCAAGGAACAUUUGGACGAUAAGGUGCAAGCUUUGGCGGCGCGUACAAAUCAUCAAAUUGAAAAGUUAACGCGCACCAUGAUCGCCGAUCGUGUGGAAUGUCAAACUCGACGUUUAUAUUUGGAGAACUAUUUGAAACGUGGCGAUCCCUUGCGUUUAACGGCGGACGUUACGACGCGUGGAAGAGAGGCACGUGAAAUGUGCGACACCUUGAAACGCUGUCGAAGUCUUGAGUUUCUGGAGAAAGUCGACAUGUCGGAGGGUAAGUUGGCGAACUCGCGCAGUUACGAUCUGCUCGAUGCGAAUGCGAAUGCACCGGAAGUAGUUGUCGAAGACCGUAUGAAUGAAGCGCGGUGCUGUCCACACUCCACUGAGUUACAAAAUCAUUCGAAUGAAGACUCAAACAAUGAGUUUUAUGAUGUCUCGAAGCGUUUGGGUAGUUUGCUGGCAAAGACGAGCCCAUUUCUGACAGUGCCCGCGCACGCAGUACCAAAUUCACCGACCAAAGCAACAGCGGAAGCAUUGGAAAUAGACGCGGAUGACGGUGGACUGACCACGCGUCUGCAAAAUAUGCAUUUGAGUCCAUCGAAUAGUGAGGCAUCGAAUAUCACACCGGCGCAGCUGAGUUCCGAAACUGGCGCGAUAUCGAGCCCCGACUACAAUUGUAAUUUCCGUACGCCGCAUGGCGCGACGAAACGUAAAGCUUUUGCGGCGUCGACAGAAGAAGCUGCAACCACAGCAUCAUCAUCGAUGGCGUCACCAGCCGAACGUACACAAUACAGAGAUAAACCGAUUACUAACUACGGUAAUGAAAGACAGCUGGAGUACUUGUACAGCAUACAGAAGCGCGGUAGCGUCAUACAGAAUGUGAUAAGCGCAUUGCGCAAAAGUCAUCAAAGAGCCGAUGAUAGUUUGGUGUUGGCUAAGACACGCAACGAAUCAGAGUACACACAAGAGGAUAAGCUGGGCUAUAAAGAUGAACUCUUUCAGGUGCAACGUUCGGCGGAAUGUGAAAGCAAAGAGGCGGCGAUGUUGAAAGAGGUCGGCUUGCCACUUGAAAAUUUGAGCGUGAGCACGCAUGCCUUCGCAAUGAAGGGUCGAGACUUUAACGAAAUGCAACGCUUACAAACACAAAUUGGUGAAUACACGACACCAACAUACAUCGAGCAGGAGGAGGCGCGUUAUCAGGAUUCCUCCUACACGGAAAGUCAUCCGGGCGAAGAUUGUUUGGAUUCCUUGGAAAGCGUACAGCAACACGCGUCACAACAAUUUACCGGUACGAAUAAUGCGCCAUUAUACGCGCAACAAAUUUUUGACAAAGUCGGUGUAGCGACUCAUGGCUCAACGCCCUCACACGCCACAGACUCACCGGAUUCGCAGAAUUAUGUUUUUCAGACAAACUACUGGCCCGAACGUUAUGUGCCGAAAGACGCCUACUUUCAUGAUUUGUCACAACGCAAAUGCAAGGUUGCACAACCAAAUGUUGCAACCACAGCCGCUUCAAUAACAAAACCGUCAACCGAAGAGGCUACGGCAUACACGAAUGCUUUGCCGAAGUUCAAGGUUGCUAAUGCGGUAAAAAGUAUAGAGAAGCUUAAUGGUCAAGUGCUGGCGAAUACUUAUAUACGUGAUCCCACCGUUAGGAGUAGUCUCAAAGCCAAAUCUUUUGUGGUGCCUGCAGUUGUAAGCGUAAGCCCGAAGAGUUGCACCGCUUGUACCGAAGCGAUUUGUAAUGGAAAUUGCACUUAUGAUGAAUCGCUGAAUAUGAUACGCGAGCCUCGUGUUCGGCGCCCAAUUCGCGAGGAGGAACAAAAUGAGGCAGUGCCCAUUGGCUUCACGACAACACAAUCGGCGAGUUUGAACGAAACUGGCACAAUAGUUCAUAAUGGCUUAGGACCCUACAGCUCUUACAGUCACGACGAAGCUGGUGCACUCGCUGGCAAGACCAGCCGGCUGCCGGCAGCGGGCUUCUAUGCGAGUAAUGUGUCUAGUUUGGUCUGACGUUGCUAUUAAUCCUAAAAUUUGUAUAGUGUUUAAAUAUUGUAUUAUAUUAUUAGGUAUGUGAUCCUAAGUUAUGUAGGGGUGUCCAAAUAAUUGUAGAACGUAAAAAAUAUUG